CGUUACUGAGGGUGCUGCGCUGUCUUUCCAGAUCCGCGGUGCCCUGAACGCCGUCAAGAACCUUGUUGAGGAAAGCCAGCGCGCCGGAGGGGGGCUGCCCCGGGCUGUCGUGACGCACAGCAGUGGGAAUCACGGGCAGGCGCUCGCCUGUGCUGCCCAGGGCGAAGGGAUUCCUGCCUACAUCGUGGUGCCCCGGACAGCCCCACGCUGUAAGCAAGCCGCCAUCCGCACCUAUGGCGCCAUGCUGGUGCCAUGUGAGCCCAGCGACCAGUCUAGAGCCGAGACAGCAGCUCGCAUAGUCAAGGAGACAGGAGGAGUCAUGGUGCACCCCAACCAGGAGCUGUCAGUGAUGGCGGGGCAAGGCACUAUCGCCCUAGAGGUGCUGGAGCAGGCACCCGAGGUAAAUGCAGUGGUGGUUCCUGUCGGAGGUGGAGGAAUGAUUGCAGGAAUAGCAGUUGCCAUCAAGGCUUUGAGACCAGAUGUGAAAGUGUUCGCUGCCGAGCCGCGCAACGCAGAUGACUGUUACCAGUCCAAGGUAAGAGGGGAACUGACCCCCAACCUUCACCCGCCGGAUACCAUCGCAGAUGCGGUUAAAACCAGCAUCGGACCAAACACAUGGCCCAUCAUCAGGGAUUUGGUUGAUGAUGUCCUGACCGUCUCGGAGGAAGAAAUCAAGCGAGCCACGCAGCUGGUGUGGGAAAGGAUGAAGCUGCUGAUUGAGCCAACAGCGGGUGUGGGAGUGGCGGCUGUGCUCUCAGAGCAGUUCCAGGCAGUCCCCCGGGACGUGGAGAACGUUUGCAUCGUGCUGUGUGGGGGAAACGUGGACCUGAGCUCCCUGACCUGGCUCACAGACCUCCCUGGGAAAGCGGAAUGAGAAGAGAGCGGUGUCUCAAGCAACGGAAACCUCACUCUGAAUUUGUACAGUCUGGUUUGUGCGCUACUAAAAACAUGAACAA